CAGGGCGCGUUGCAGAGAGACGUGGGCAAUGCUGGCCUAGUCCUUUUUCGCUGAUCGGCUCGCGGCUCCCGCCUCCACACAAUGCUGGAGGAUCAGGAUCAGGUGCUUGCGCCCAUGGAGGUGGAUGAAAACAAGCCAGUAGAUGAGGCUGCCGUCGGGCCUGUGAGCAACCCGCUGGUGGGCGAGUUUACGUGGGCGCUCCCCAACUUCUCGGGGAGCACUGGCAAGGUUCUGUCGGAGCCAUUUGAGAUUGGCGGCUACUCCUGGCAGCUGCUGGUGUACCCCAGCGGUAACAACCGCACCGAUGCGCUGGCGCUGUAUCUGGCGGUGGCCGAGGACGACCAGGCGGCUUUCCAGCUGCAGCGCUUUGCCCACUUCAAGCUCAUACUGCUGAGCCAGGUGGAGGGUGGCGAUGUGGUCAAGGACACGCAGCACACAUUCACCUCGCGAGAGACAGACUGGGGGUUCACCACGUUUGUGCCGCUGGCUGAGCUGCGGGAUCCCGCCCGGGGGCUUCUGGUGGAUGACACCAUUCGCGUCAAGGUGUGUGUGGAGGUCAAGGUUCCUGAAGACUUCAUCUACGACUCCCGCAAGGAGACUGGGUUUGUGGGCCUGAAGAACCAGGGUGCCACCUGCUACAUGAACUCGCUGCUGCAGACGCUGUUCAACAUCAACCAGUUCCGCAAGGCUGUGUACCACAUGCCCACAUCUGAGGAUGCUGACCCCGCCAGCAGCAUGCCGCUAGCACUCCAGAGCGUGUUCUACAAGCUGCAGUUCACCGUGGGUCCCGUGUCCACCAAGGACCUCACGCGCUCCUUCGGGUGGGAUACCGCAGAUGCUUUCCAGCAGCAUGAUGUGCAGGAGCUCAAUCGCAUCCUGUGCGACAGGCUGGAAGAAAAGAUGAAGGGCACACGGGUGGAGGGCAUGAUCAACAAGCUGUUUGAGGGGCACACGCUCAACUACCUUGAGUGCAUCAAUGUGGAGUACAAGUCGUCCCGCAAGGAGUCCUUCAUGGAUGUGCAGCUGGAUGUGAAGAACUGCAAGGACAUCUACGCCAGCUUCGACAAGUACUGCGAGGUGGAGGUACUGGAGGGAGACAACCAGUACAAUGCGGAGCAGCACGGCAUGCAGGCAAGCACCGAACACACAUCCUGUGAUGCGCGCAAGGGCAUUCUGUUCGAGGGCUUCCCGCCCGUGCUGCAGCUGCAGCUCAAGCGCUUUGAGUAUGAUUUCAUGAAGGACAUGAUGAUCAAGGUGAAUGACCGCUACGAGUUUUAUGACACUAUCGACCUGGACCGCGAGGAUGGAAAGUACCUGUCCUCCGGCGCCGACCGCAACGUGCGCAACACCUACAAGCUGCUGGCGGUGCUGGUGCACUCGGGCGGCGUGCACGGAGGCCACUACUUUGCCUUCAUCAGGCCCGACGGCAAGCAGUGGCUCAGGUUUGAUGAUGAGCGGGUGGAGAAGGCGGACCAGCAGAAGGCGGUUGACGACAAUUGGGGUGGGGAGGACGAGAGGAUGCCGCCUCAAGGCUUUGGCAACACUUUUCGACUGACCAAGCACGCAAAUGCGUACAUGCUUGUGUAUGUGCGGGAGAGCGAGUGGGGUGCGGUGAUGUGCCAGGUGACGGAGCAAGACAUCAGCGCACACGUGCAGGCCCGCCUCAAGGCUGAGCAGGAGGAGAAGGAGCGGCGGAAAAAGGAGAAGGCGGAGGCGCACCUGUACACGCUGGUACGGGUGUCUACGGAUGCUGACCUGGCAGAGCAGAUUGGCAGCUCCCGCUUCUUUGACCUGGUUGACCACGACAAGGCAAGGCUAAGAUAUAGACUGCCACGCAAGGCGCCCUUCAGCGAGCUGCGGCGGCUGGUGGCAGAGGAGAUGGGGGUGCCUGCGGAGCAGCAGCGGUUCUGGAAGUGGGCGCAGCGGCAGAACCAGACGUACCGCCCCGCGCAGCCGCUGGUGCUGGAAAGCGAAGACCAGGCCAUUGCGACCAUCAAGGAGACGGCAGCCAACCGCGGCACACGGCCGGGGGUCAUGGCCACGCUCAACCUGUUUCUGGAGACGCCCGCCCCGGGUGGCGAGCUGCCGCCGCUGCGCGCCAAGACCGACAUCAUGCUGUUCUUCAAGCAGUACUGCCCCGAUGGGGACCACCCGGUGCUCAAGUAUGCGGGGCGGCGGCUGGUGCCCAAGGACACCAAGAUCAAGGAGCUGCACCCGCUGCUGCGGGGCCUGGGGGGUCUGGGGGAGGGCGAGGCGGUGGAGGUGUACGAGGAGGUGAAGUUUGAGCCGACUGUGAUGGUGGACAAGCUGACGCCCAGCGUGACGCUGGCGGGCAGCCAGCUGGAGCACGGCGACAUACUGGUCUUCCAGCGCCAGCUGUCGCAGGCGGGUGCCACGGCGGGCCCCAGCGCCAAGGAGUUCAUGGAGUAUGUGCGCAACCGCCAGUCGGUCACCUUCAAGCCGCUGGAUGACCCGCAGGGCGAGGAGGCGGUGCAGCUGGAGCUGCUGAAGACGGACAGCUAUGACGAUGUGUCCAAGGCGAUAGCAGCCAAGCUUGGGCUAGACGACCCGCUCAAGCUACGGCUCACAGGCGCGCUUAACCACCUCACGCAGCUGCCGCGGCCCCACCCCAUUCGCUACCGCCAGUUUGAUGCGCUGCAGGACAUGCUCAAGUCGGGGCCCUUUGGCCAGGUGUCCACGCUGUACUAUGAGGUCAUCGACCUGCCGCUGCCCGACUACGAGAACUUGCUGAGCUUCAAGAUUGCAUACCACAACUCUAAGCUGGAGGAGGUGAGCCAGCACAGCGUGCGCAUCAGCAAGAGCGCCAGCAUCCAUGAGCUUCUGGAGGAUCUGCGGCGGCAGCUGCCAGCCGAGGCGCAGGGCACGCGUCCGCUGCGCUUGCUGGAGGUCUACCAGUGGAAGAUCUGGCAGCUCUUCAACCCGCGGGAUCGGGUGGAGACCAUUGGCGACAAUGCCUGGCACCUUCGAGUGGAGGUUGUGCCGGAGGACCAGGAGGACCUGGAGCAGCAGGGCGUGCUGCACGUGCACUGCCUCCAGGUCGCAGAGGAGCCAAACAACCAGCGCCCCUUUGCCUUCUCCGACCCUUUUAUCAUGCGCCUGGGCCCAGAGGAGACGGUGGGGGAGCUGAGGCAACGCGUGCAAGAGAAGCUGGGGGUGCCAGACGAGGAGUUUGCGCCCAGCUGGAAGCCGGUGCUGUGCACGUUUGGUGGUGCCGAGUUGCUGGCUGAUGAUGUCGUGGUUGCCAGCAGGCUGGACAGCCAGAAGCUGUACGGCCACCAAGAGCGCAACUGCAUCGGGUUUGUGCGGGAGAACAAGAACCCACGCCGCACGCACGCACACCUCAACAGCAGGCUGGCGGCCUGGCAAGGCCAGGAAAAGCAGUUGCGCAUCAGGAGCUGAUGUCACCAGUACAUGCUCGCCCUGGUGCCAGCGUUGUAAUCUGCAUCUCUCCUAG